GAUAGCGAUAACGGGGCCAAAAAAUUGAUACCGCAGUCGGAGUGCCGCAGCCAGCCGAGUUGAGCUGUACAACUGUACAACAGUCGUUUCCCGUCAAUAACGCGUCAAUUUCUGAACAAAUCGGUCGGUCGAUCGGUCAAUCAGAGAAUGUACGGAAGAUGUUUGUCUUGAUAAGACGAACAAAAGAAACUGAAUGACUCACACAGGAUGAAUACAGUAAACUUGUAAAAUCGAAAUAUUUUGCCAAAGAAAAAAAACCCAAAAGGCAUUCAAGUGCGCAGCUCGUUAAAAAGGCUUCCCAUUGUACUUUGUUCCAUAGCAGAUUUUAAUUGAAUAGCAGCUGUGAAGCGAAAUAGUGAAAAGCGCCGAGAAACAACGAAACACGUCCAUUUUGGUAAAAAAAAAUGAUAAGUGAGGGAAAAUAAAAUUCCCGGGAAACGAUUCCAGUAGCAAAGUUCAAACUGCGUUUGGCGCGGGAAGUAUCCUCCCCUGCAUUGGCAAUACAUUUUGGAAAGAGCUGUAAAGCAGAUUCAACUGCACAUGAGAGAAUAUGAAUGGUCAUCGGAAUACAAUAAUGAUCGCGUUAAUAUUUUUAACUGUCAUACCGUUGAUCCGUGCCCAAGACUUACCGCCGGGUGACUGGGAUGAGCCAUACCUUCUAUCAAUGGACGAGAAGAGAAUUGUGGUCGGCGAAUACGCUUCGAAUCCACCGCUACUGCCUGUCUCGAUGUGGGAGGAAAUAGAACCUCCCUACAAGAUGGUUCAGCUCAACUAUCGAGGCAGCACGAUUCGGUUGGAAAAUCCGCCUGUCCACCUUGGUGCCAUACUGCUGCAGGAGGACAACAAUUGGUAUAUUAAUAUCAGCAAUCGACUCGAUUACGAACAACUUUCCGAUAAGAACCCAAUCUUGUCCCUGGUAGUAGGAAGCGAUUCGCGAAACGUGGUCUUCAUUGCUGUAACGUUGAUAAAUAUUCUGGAUAAUGCUCCGGUAAUGUCCAGCGGAGGUCCCUGCAAAGUGGACGAGCUCCAGGCCAACUUUCUCUCCGACUGUAACUACACCAUACGACACGCUGACGGAUUUGUGGAUGGCGAAAUUGAAGGUUUCGACACGAACCUGUUGGACUUUGAGCUUCCUUCGGAAGAAGCAACACUAUUUAGUUUAGAAGAAUCAGCGAACAUAGACGAUUAUAACAAGCAAUUCACUCUGAGAGUGUUGAAAGCCUUAGACUACACACAACGGGCUGUAUACAGCUUUUCCGCUACAGUGCAUGAUCUGAACAAGACCCACAGCCUCGAGGUUAGCUUCGUCGUGCAGGUACAAAACGUAGAAAGCCGACCACCAAUAUUCACCCGUCCCUUCACGACCCAGCGAAUUCCUGAGAAAGAACCUUUCGAGACAACGGUGACAGCUAUCGAUGGGGACACCGGACUAAGACGAGCGAUUUGCUACGAAUUGCACACGGAGGUGCAAGCAUAUGCAAAAUAUUUCGCUAUCGAUGCUUCGACUGGCCUCCUGCGUGUGGCUGCUAUCAACCGGGAUGCGGAGAAGAACGAACUCUAUCAGUUUACGAUAACAGCCUUCAAAUGCCACAAUAAUAGUUACGCAACUAUCAAUGAGGCAGCCAUUAUUCUUGACGACAAAAAUGACAACGCACCCGUUUUCGACGUUGACCCGACGCAGAUGGCCUUCUGGGAGAACACACUGAUGAAAUUGCCGUUCGAGCGAUUCAGUAUUGAGGACGUUGAUUUGGGACCCCACGCAACCUACACCGUUAGGUUGAACGAAAAAGUCGCCGAACAGGAACUGCUGAAUGCCGAUUCGUUCAGUAUUGUUCCGAACAGUGGCUACCAAUUUGUAAAUUUUACGCUGACUAUUGUUAAUACCGACCAACUGGAUUACGAGUUGCCUGAACGGCAGCAGUUCCAGCUAAUCGUGACGGCCACCGAGACGGCUGACAUACCACACAUCACCCAGCAAGUUGUGAACAUUGAGCUGAUGAACUGGAACGACGAAGUUCCCGUGUUCGAUUAUGAAACCUACGAAGCUACCAUCAAUGAGACUGACGGGGCGAAUCAUCCCCUGGUUACAGUGCACAUCACCGAUCGGGAUGUAGAUGACAACGUGACUCUUGCGGUUCUUGGCCGAAUACAAACGGAUCUGACAGUCACGAGAUUAGAAAACACCGAAGACCCAAACGAAUAUGCAUCUUUGCCCACCUUUAGCUUCCAGAUCAGUAUUGCUCACGAUGAUGUUUUCGACUGGGACGUAGCUUCCGAAGUAAUCGUUCAACUGGAGGCACGGGAUACGCUCCAAACGGACAAACAGGAACCGCUUCACCAUGUGUUCUCGCAGCUAGUUAUCACCGUGCUGGACGUUAACAACAAACCACCUUUGAUUACAGUGCCUCGUGGAAGAAUACAUAUUGAAGAGAACUCUGCUCCGAAUACAGCUGCCGAGAUAGAUGGAGUGAUAGCAGAAAUCGAAGGCUCUGACCCGGAUACUACAGCCGAACUACAAUUCAGUAUAGAUUGGCAGAACAGUUACGCUGUAAAAGGUGGUUUACAAGUUUCUCCGGAUGUAUUUGAAGACUGCCUCAUAAUCGACGUAGACAAAAGCAACCCAAAUCGAGUUAGCGGGAAAAUUCGAGUGAACCCAGAACUUGAGCAAAACGUGAUCAAUAUAAAGCUGGACUACGAAAAAUACGAGACACUCUUUCUAACGGUGAAAUUGGUGGAUUUGAACCAGAUUGUUCCACCGGGCAACACGGAAGCGAUCGUCGUUCUACAGAUAGAUGAUGUAAAUGAUAAUGCACCGGAAUUUGUUGAUAAUACAUUAUCGAUCGAGCGAUCCGUUAUGGAAGAAGCUGAAAGCGGAACCAUAGUAGGUAACAUCAUUGCUCGGGACAUAGAUGGCCCACUUCAUAAUCAGAUCGUGUAUUCGUUAACUCCCCAGGAUCCCGCACACGCCGGACUAUUCUCAAUCAAUUCUUUAGGCUAUAUACUGGUAAGCCCAUCGGAGAAACCAAUAGAUUGUGACGUUCCAAUCACCUACUUCAUUCAACUGAACAUCACACUCAGUGAUGGUACUUUUGAGACGGAAGGAACGAUUAGAAUCACUAUAACCGACACAAACAACAAAAUUCCUUCGUUCAAGACUACUGUCGAGAAGGUAGAAAUCUUCGAGAAAUCACCUUCCGGGACAGAAAUCGUUCGUCUCGAUGUGGAUGAUCUGGACCGGGAUGAACCGUAUUACACCGUAACGUUCGAAAUCGAUUCGAAGUUGGGCCAGAACUUGCAGGGCUUUUUCGAGAUACGUCGCCUUGUGGAAACAGUUCCCGGUGAACGGUUGCAUCAAACCGGAUUGGUGGCGGUGAAGGAGAACAACCUGGUGCUAGAUCGCGAUGGGGGUCUGGAUCAAUUUAUCAUUGGCUUAAAGGCCCAAGAUAACCCCAAUAGAUCCGGUCGGAAGAAUUCAGUCGAAACGCAGUUCACGUUGAUUCUGUUGGAUAUCAACGAUCAGAAACCGGUCAUGCCCCAGUUUGCAGAGCUGAAGCUAAAAGAAGAUACAGUCGAAGGAGCACCAGUGGUGGAACGGUUCGAGGCAACUGACCGAGACGAUAGAAACACACCGAAUGCCAAGAUUCUCUACAGACUGGUCGGUAUACAGGCAGCCGGUGACAACUCCCCGGAGGCAAUAGCCACUGAGAACAUCGCAAACCUGUUCACGCUGCAACAGACGGAUGAGUAUGUGGCACGGUUCGCAGUUGGACACGAUUUGAAGGGCUUUUUCGGUAGUUGGACGGUAGAAAUUGAGGCCUGUGACAGGGGUGACGAGUACCAGCUAGUUGUGAAUAGUCCUCGCUGGUGCACCAGUGCCAUCUAUACGGUGCAAGUGGAACCGAUCAAUUACAUGGCACCAGUGCUGAACUACCCUAGAAACGACGAAAGGAUACGGUUGAAAUUUGAAUCCCUUGCCAACGGGAGACCGUUGGUCAACACGCAAGGUGAAACGGUUCCCAACUUCAGUGCAACCGAUACAGACGGCGGAGACUUCGGGGUGGUUACUUUUUCGCUGACCAGUCAGGACGCAUCCACCCAGGACCAUGUGUACUUUCAGUUGAACAAAUUGGAUAAAAACAGUGCGCAGCUGGUACUGACAAAUGCCGAUGCCAUCGAGGCUAGAUCUUAUCGGGUCAAAGUUUUAGCAAAGGAUGGAGGAAACCUAUCUGCCGAGGCUGCUAACGUGGUGAUUGCCUUUAUCAACAUGACUGGGGAACCGGAGUUCCUAGAAGAGGAUUCACCUUUCGAUACAGAUUUUACAGAAAACGAGCUGGGCUUAGAGGAAAAUCGAACCAUUCCGGAAGCAAUCGAUCCGAAGAAUGCGGAAUUGCCUCCGGAGGAUAAGAAAAAUGUGUUCUACUUUAUCGACACCUCGUACGGGAACUCCAGUCACCUGUUCAAGCUGGACAAAGUGAACCGCAUCCUGCAGCUAACCCAGGAGUUAGAUCGCGAGGACAUUCCCAAGCAUGAAAUCCGUGUGAUCGCUACCAACAGUAUCAACGGACCGGUGACACCCCUCCCGGCGGACUCCCGAUUGGGGCUGAUAGUUCGCAUUAAAGUCAACGACGUCAACGAUAAUCCUCCCAAGUUUCGCUACGCGUCCUAUUCGGCCGGUAUCACCGUGAACGACUACUCCGGAAAAAUUCUCUUCCAGGUGAUAGCUGACGAUCCGGACGAGGAUGACGUUAUCAGUUACACCAUCGAUGCGGAAUCCUUGAAGGCGUUUGGCACUAACCUUCCCACUGUACCAAUUCCCUUCAACAUGGACUUGGCGAAUGGUCAGCUUUCACUGGCCACACAGGUCCAGAGUAGUAUGAAAGGUUAUUACACAUUUACGAUAGUCGCCACCGAUUUGGUCGACCAUACCGACACGGUUCCAGCUAAGAUCUACAUCAUUGCCGAGACAAAUCGGGUCAAAUUUGUCUUCCUGAAUAACAUUGGCGAAAUCGAUAAUCCAGAAAUGAAAAAUUUCGUUGAAGAACAAUUUAGCGAACACUACGAGAUGGAUUGUAACAUAGACGAUGUGGUUAAAGGCACUAUUGGUAAAACAGGACGAGCUGACGAAGAUAGGGUAACGGACAUUCGGGCACAUUUCAUUCGCAACAACGAAGCAGUCGAAGCGAUCGAGAUUCAACAACGUUCCAACGACCGCGUAUUCGUAACGAACCUCAAGACCGCUCUAUCAGCGCGGCAACUUCUACUGCAGGAUGUUCCCAUAACCAGCAUCGAAGAAGUGGACGAAAAGAGUGAACUGCUCAAGACAAUUCUGAUUGUGAUCGCCUCCGCACUCGCGCUGGUUUGCGCUAUUCUGGUGAUAGCUUUCUGCAUCAAAAUACGUAGCCUGAAUCGGCAGCUUAAGGCACUGUCGGCAACCGAUUUCGGGUCCAUCGCGUCUGACAUCAACGGAGGCCGGAAGGUGCCAACAACGAACGUCUUCUCCGUCGAGGGUUCCAAUCCGGUACUGAACGAUAAGGAUUUUACCAAGGGAGCAUUUGAUGACGUUAGCGUUCAAUCAUACGAGUCUGACUUUGUGGGAAUUGACAACGACAUUUUUGCCAUCCAGAGAAAAGAGGAAGAACUCAAUCCGCAGUUGAUUGAACACAUCAAGCAAAGAUCGCUAAAUCCAAUGGUUAACGGUGGUGGGAUGGGCCCAGAAAAAGGCAAAAGAAACGAAGCGGAAUCCAAUACGGACGAAUUGUUGCACCGGUUUUAAUGCGCGGAAAGCAACCAUAGAAAUGUCAUACUCAUAACUUCCAUCUCAGAGGACUAGGUCUCAGCAAACGAACAAUGUCAAUAAAGUUAUUUAUUAUCAUU